GGAGACCAAAAGCAAGACAGCCAACCAACCGGGCAGGAUGGAGCACACCAAAGGGAGUAGCAUAGUUGCCGGGCGCCAAUGAUUUGCAAGAAGAGGGAUAGGAUUUAGGCAGCUGGUAGGUAGGUUUCAGAGAGAGAGAGAGAGAGAGAGAGAGGAGCCAGAUUGGGUCUCGGAUAGGUCAUAGGAGUCGAGAGAGUGGAGUGAGAGAGAUUGGCCGCUGCCAGAUUCUGAAUCUCCUCCUACAAUCCGUGCUCCCACCAUCGCUGAGUCUCAGGCCAGCCUAUCAAGUCAGUAGUCAGCAUAAGAAAAAUGAGCUCCCAGAGUGUUGCUACUGGGGAGCAGAUUAUUGCUCCUAACCAAAUAGUACACGCCUGCACAUCCACACAAACUUCAGUUCAUAAGCUGUUUGAUGCUAAACUGGACCACGGGUUCUUGAUAGAUGACACUUUGUCAUCCACAAGUCAAUCAUCAAACAUCAAGACUGAAUUGAUCCGGACAUCGAGCUUGUCAAGGAGCCUAUCAGUUAACCUUCAGAAAAGAAGCCCUGAAUCUGAUCCAGAAAGCCCGCUGUCUCACGUUUCACAUCCCAAAUUUUCUGACCCAAUAUUGUCAAACUCGUCAACGUUCUGCACAAGUUUGUUUUCUUCGUCUUCAAAAAACACAGAUCCAUGCCGGCAAAUGGGCACUUUACCUUUCCUGCCUCACCCUCCUAAGUGUGAGCAGCAGGUUUCAGCUGGGCAGUCAUCGAGCUCCUCUCUUCUCUUAAGUGGUGAUACUGGCAAUGCUUUAGAUGAAGCUGGACAGUCAGAUGAUCUUAAAGAUUUUCUCAAUCUUUCUGGAGAUGCUUCUGAUGGGAGCUUCCAUGGAGAGAACAAUAUCUUGGCUUUUGAUGAACAGAUGGAAUUUCAGUUUCUGUCUGAGCAGCUGGGAAUUGCCAUCACUGACAACGAGGAAAGUCCUCAUUUAGAUGACAUAUACGGCACACCACCACAACUGUCAUCGCUUCCAGUGUCAUCUUGCUCCAACCAGAGUAAACAGAAUCUAGGGUCACCAGUUAAAGUCCAGCUUAGCUCAUCUCGGUCAUCUUCUGACUCUGCAACAACUAACAAGUCGAGAUUGAGGUGGACACUUGAGCUUCAUGAGCGUUUUGUGGAGGCUGUGAACAAGCUUGAAGGACCAGAAAAAGCAACUCCUAAGGCUGUGCUGAAACAAAUGAAGGUAGAAGGCCUAACAAUUUAUCAUGUAAAGAGUCAUCUGCAGAAGUAUCGACUUGCGAAAUAUCUUCCUGAGCCUAAAGAAGACAAGAAGGCUUCCUCUGAGGAUAAGAAAGCACAAUUGGGUAGCAGCAGCAGUGAUUCCAGCAAAACUAAGAAUUUACAAGUAGCAGAAGCUCUAAGGAUGCAAAUGGAGGUUCAGAAACAGCUUCACGAACAAUUAGAGGUCCAAAGGCAAUUGCAGCUACGGAUAGAGGAACAUGCAAGAUACUUGCAGAAAAUACUGGAAGAGCAACAGAAGGCUGGCAACUUGUCGAUGAAAGCGCCAACCGAAGCACAAGCAGGAUCACCUGAGACGACUUCAAAGGAGAGAAGCGAAUCUGAGGGAGGCACCACUUCGCCGCGGCCAUCCAAGAACAGAAACCCGGACGUAGACGCAGAAUGCAAGUCGCCUGGAGGGAGCAAGAGAACAAAGGUUCAGGUUGAUCCUGAGAGAGUGGCCCCGUGCUCGUAGCCGUGCGGCCGAGGCCAAUGACUCUGAAUGUUUGCCCCCCGUUCUAUCUUCUUUCAGGAGCUACUUGCUACUGUCUGUAGCUUGCACAACCGUAGUAUCUCUAGACUCUAGUCACCUGUUGAUAUCUUGGCAUGAAUUGUGGAAUGAUGUUUGGUACGGACUUCAGGUCUUUGCCAUUGUAUCAUAUAGCUCCACUUUGGAAUGGAAAUUGGAAGUUAAUGACUCUCUGAAUGUAUUGUUGCCGCUAUAUUUUGGCGGUAGCCUCGAUUUGGAACAUCCAAAAAAAAUAUAGAUACGUAGCUAUGUGGAAUUCGCCA